GCCUUGUUGCCACGCAACGAUGUCCGCGUCUGUUGGGGCCAGCUCUCUUCCGUAAGCUUACAACUGAUAAGAUCAUCCAUCCAGCAAGAUGAGUAAAUUAUAUGAUGCCAUAGAGCCUAGUGUGGUCAAUGACCAGAUGCUACAGAAGGCCAUUGUGGAACAGGGACCACAAGGCACAGCAGGAAAAAUUGCAGAGGAGGAGGGAAUUGAAUACAUCGAAGUCACUCAAUUGCGUCUACAAUUCCUAAACAUCUUAAAGAUUGACAACCUAUGGCAGUUUACAUCCUUGACGAAACUUCAACUUGACAAUAAUAUCAUAGAGAAAAUUGAAGGUCUAAACAGCCUGGUCAAUCUUGUUUGGCUUGACUUGUCAUUCAACAAUAUCGAUACAAUCGAGGGACUGGACAAGCUGGUAAAACUUCAAGACUUGAGCCUAUUCAACAACCGGAUCUCAGUUAUUAAGAAUCUCGACACACUCCUGAACCUUCAAAUACUCUCGAUCGGGAACAACUUCCUUUCUGAACUUGAGAAUAUAAUAUAUCUCAGGAGGUUCAAACAACUGCGUACCCUUAAUCUGGCAGGCAAUACACUCUGUAAUGAGGAAAACUACAAAAUCUUCAUCGCUGCCUACCUACCAGAUGUGGUCUAUCUCGACUACAGGAUGGUGGAUGAGAAAACUCGUGAAGCAGCGUUUGCCAAGUACCAGUAUGCCAUAGAAGAAAAGAAACACAAUGAAGCACAGGAACAAAAAGCCAAAGAUGAAAAGGCAAAGCUUGAAGAGACCUUCCAACUGCAUAAGGAUGCUUUUGUGGAGUACUUGGAUGGACCUCAUUUGUUUAACAGCAUGUUUGCAGAUGAUGCUGAUACUGCAAAGUUGACUUCUCUACCUGGAGUGCCCACAUUGUGCGAUGCUUUCAGAACUCAGCUGGUGGCUCAAUGCACCCAGCUGUUUGAGGUGGGCUUAUCCAAACACGCGGUACGACAGACAGAAGUAAAGACCUUCUUCACCUGCCACAGUGAGGCUGUGACUGACAACCAAGGGAGAUCUGCUGAGCUAGUCUACAACUUUGAGGCUGUCCGCAGACAGAGGAUGAAUGAGAUCAUUUCCACGACAGACAAUGACAUGAUGGAUGCCAUGAUUGACCAGUUGAACGAAGAGAUCGACCAGCUCUACGAGAUGCUGAUGACCCUGGAGCUGCAGCUGGUCGACCAGCUCGAGGAUAUCAUAAAAGACUUCGAAAGGAACAUCACAGACAUGUGUACAGCAUUUGUGGAGCACGUGCAAGGAGUGUUUGCCCAGUGCAGAGACCUGGAGAACCACCACCACGAGAAGCUGCUGGAGAUCGCCGUGGCAACGCUGGAGCGAGUGGCCAAGAACGAGCUGGAGGACGAGCUACCUGAUGACGUCAGAAUGCUGUUUGUGGACAAGGACACAGUCAUCAAUGCCAUCAGUGCCUCCCAUGAUACUCACCUGCUCAAGAUCGACAACCGGGAGGACGAGCUGGUCACACGUGUCAACAAGUGGCUGGGCGAACUCAUGAAGACGGUCCAUGCCAAUGAAGGCAGUCGGAACCGCAGUCGCAUCUCUGAGAUCAUCAACUACACAGAUUACGUCAGAGAGCAGCUGGAGGUGCUGCUAGCUCAGGAGAUGGAGUAAGGAGUAGUACAUACAGCAAGGCCCAGCGGUGCUCAAAAUGUAACAGUUUUUACCGAUUUACACAAAAUAAAUCCAAAGAUGUGUGUGCUUUUGCACUGUAUGUUGAA